CACUUACUAGCUGAGGAUUAUGUUUGGGGCUUGCAGGUGGGGCUUGCAGUACUACCUUCCUAGUAAGAUCGGCUUGGGUGAAUUUUCAUUUCUUAAAAGGUUUAAGGUGGUUUAGGAUACAUGAGGCAGAAAAUGAGAAUCGAUUAAACAUAUAUGAUGGAGAAAUCGCAGAAAACCCAUAUCUAUGCCCGGACGGGAAGCUGCUUUGGCGAUCCGGAGACGAACGCCCUGAGAGCGCUUCAAGACCGGAAUCUGGCUUUAUUCUUGGAUGCCAUCAAUGAAGUUCAAGAUCCGGAAAAGGCCAGGAACGAUGACACUCAUUGGAUAAACCGAGCCCUUCCCGAGGAUCAUGGAAAUACGCUCCUCAUCCGAGCCAUCAAGGACAAUCUUCCGAACUUCGUGAGGGAGCUUCUCUUGGUAGGAUCGAAUGCCAAUGCAUUUAAUCUGGAUUUGGGCGUGUUCCCAAUUCAUGUGGCCGCUCAAAGCAAGCAUUUGGAAUGUCUCAAGCUCCUCUUCAAAUUGGAUGGGAACAAGGCGGAAGCGAAUGUCAAAAUGAAAUCCAACGGAAAGACAGCCUUGAACUGUUGCGCCCAAAAUGGUUUCGAGGAGGGCCUAGAUUUUCUCCUGAGGCUCCCAGGGAUCGAUGUCAAUGCCAAGGACAUGAGAAGUUGCCCGCCUUUGUACUACUCGGUGAAGAAUGGGAAUUUGUCCAUGAGCAGAAAAUUGGUUGUCCACGGCGCCGACUAUGAACAGAUUUGUUUUGGAAAGCCGAUCUAUCCGAAAUUAAUGGAAGAAAAACUGCCUGGCUUCAACCCCACCUUGGUUGGCCGCCAAAGAGCGCCUUUGGCCAGUCAGGUCAGCCAAGCCACCUUCGAGAAGAUUAUAAUCAUUUUGGAAAAAGCUGCCAUCGACGAAGAGCUUCACGAGUUGGAUUUCAAUGAUUUUAAGGAUCUGAUUCUACAAUUGGAUACCGACGAGAUCAACACUCAUGAAUGGAAUGGCAUGACUCUUUUGCAAAAAGCCGUGGACUCUAGAGUGCCAGAAUAUGUCCAAGAGGUUUUGAGUUUGCCCAACUCCAAUCCUAACUCUAUGACACAAUCAGCGCCCAUUGCUCCCAUUUUGAUGGCGGCUAAUCGUCAGGACUUGGAAAUGAUCAAACUUCUGCUCAAGUUUGGGGCUAAUCCCACCAUAGUCGCCAAGGAAUCGGAGGAAACCCUCUUGCACGUUAUUCUGAAAAGAGGUGAUUGGAGUGACAUCACGUUAGAGUGUCUGAAGCAUAUUCUGUGGGACUCGGGUCUGGACAUGAACAUCCGGAAGAUCAUUAACAAACGAGACAUUUUGGAGAAUACGGCUUUACAUUACGCAGUGCAAAGCUGGCCCCAGGAGAUCGUUCGACGGCUGCUCGAAUUGGGCGCCAAUAUUGGUAUGAAGAACCAUUGGGACGAGACUCCCAUCGAGAAAAUAGACCCUCAUGUCUUGGAGAGCUUCUUGGACGAGGAGUGUAUAAAGGCCUUGGGCGAUGUCAACCACGAGAACUUCGAGAUGACCUUUGACUAUUCGUUCCUGGCCCCUCCCAUUGAAGACUUGCCGUUCGUGGCUCAGGGUAAGGUCAAAAAACAGGAUUUGGAAGCCUUGGAUCCUGGUGAGGAAGCCAAAAUUGCUCUCCCAGAAACCACGUCUCUGUGGUUUUUGGGCCAAUCCAAAGAUCACCGGCACCUCUUGAAACACCCCAUCGUGACCAGCUUCUUGUAUCUAAAAUGGCAAAGAAUUCGACGCUAUUUCAACCGAAAUCUUCGUUUUUAUCUCCUAUUGGUCUUUAUUUUAACUUGGUACAUUUUUGAGCAAUUUGGAGGCGAAAGCUUGAGGGAUCAAACCACACGCUCCAUUCCAAUUUGGGAUACGGCUUUUUUAGUGUUCACCAUUGUCGUAAUUUGCUUUAUUCUACGAGAUUGGUCAUUGGACAUCAAAGACAUGAUUCAAUCGGAACGCGUGGAAUCAAAAGCUGACAACUGUGGCAAUAUGAUCGCUAGCCUUCUUACCGCCAAUUGGAUCGAAGCCGUGUUUGUGGUGUUCAUGGUCUCGCUGAUUUUGGUGGGACCCCAUUAUCUGUGGCUUUACCUCUCAGUUCUGACCUUCAUCUUACUAUUCAGGGAACUCUUUCAAGUGUCGGUAUCAUUGAAAAGAUAUGUCGUGAGCCCCGAAAACUGGCUCGAAGUGGCCAUGAUCGUCAUGAUCGGACUCAUCCUCAGUUUGGACGGGUCCAAUUACUCGACAGAUGUAAAGCGCCAUCUCUCAGCCAUAACCAUUGUGCUCUCAUGGGCAGAGCUCAUAACUCUCAUUGGGCGCCAUCCCAAAUUAACUCGUUGCAAUGUGUACGUGACCAUGUUCUACAAGGUCAUGGGUACAUUCUUCUUCUUUCUGUGUUGGUACCUCUUUUUCUUGGUGGCUUUUGGCCUUGGCUUCUACAUUAUGCUCCACAAAGACGGGCCCAACGACACCGUUGGCCCCGAGGACUACGUGUUCUUCAAUAAACCGUGGCUAGCCUUGGUCAAGACCUCGACUAUGUUCGUGGGGGAAAUUGAAUUUGCGGAUAUUCCCGUGAAUUUGGAAAGUCCGUUGAGCCCGGUGGGAUAUUUGUUCCUUCUUUCUUUCGUGUUUUUGAUGGUGGUGGUUCUGAUGAAUCUCCUCAAUGGUCUCGCCGUGAGUGACACUGGCAUCAUCCAAGAAAAGGCCGAAAUCUACACGUAUAUGUCGCAAGUGGAUACCAUUUCCUACACGGAGUCCAUUCUCUUGGGGGACCCGUUUGACUUCUUGUCCAACUGGCCAAAGCUUCGCUUCCUUUUGGACAUACCCAGUUGUUCCUUAGGCUCGUACUUAUACAAACAUAACUUUGUGCAAAAGAUGUUCCACAAGGUGACCGGUGGAAGUACGAUCCUUCUUUUCUACAACGUGUUGCCGUCCAAGAAACUGACAUUUUCUCCCAAUGAGCGAGCAAGACAUUGCAAUCUUUUGUCGAUGAAAUUGAUGGACCCAAAAAUAAUUUCAUCUGCCAAAGGAGUGGUUUUAAAGCAGAGAGCAAAGAAAACCGACGACCACGUGACGACCUUGGAGCGAAAAUUCGACUCCAGGAUGAAUUCUCUGGAGGAAAAACUGGAUAUACUAUUGAACAAGUUGUACAAAUUGUGACUCAUCAGGCCAUACCAUAUUGUUUAAAGCAAUAACAUGAAUAAUUACCGCAUUCACGCUUCUAAAUAAUUGUGAUUCAUCAGUGCAU